AUGAGAUUCUCCCGCUUCACUUUCGUCCUCGUUGCCCUCACUGCCUCUGCCUCGCUCACAGACGACAUCUAUGCCGUUCUGGACUACGCCGGCGAUCUGCUGGGUCCUGGAAAAGCCAGAUUUUCGGCAGCCAUCUCUCAGAUCAUGCAGAACCCGCUGGUAAUCCGGGUUAUUGACGAUCUGAACAACUCGAACCACACCACUGAGGCGAAUGAAGAGCUUUUGGAUCAUGUCCAAGAGGCCAUGACAGGUCUGUUUGGUACAGCAAAUACUACGGAGCUGGUUUCCGAAUUCUCCAAACGCUCUUCCACCAAGUUUGACAAUGCUGAAGUGAACGAGAUCAUCAUGAAAGCGAACCAACUUGUCGGAGACCAUCUCGAGUGGGUCGUGCCUAGUCUGGUGGAAGAUCAACGACUUCAGAAUAGAACAGUCCCAUUCCAGCAGGCUGUGGAGGUCCUCAAGGAGCAGAACCAGGAGCAUCCCAUGAUGCAGAAUGGAGACCAGGGGGGGUUUUUGGGCCUGGUGUCCCGACUCUCUCCUGAAGCCCUGUCUCAAGUGUCACUCAAACCAGCCCCAUCUCGAACCCAUCCGGCCAAGAUGUCAGCGACACCAAUCUCCAAGCUAUCUAUGGCUGCCCUUCCAACAACUCCAGGUGCUGGGGGAAACUACGACUCCACACCCCAAGCAACCAUCACCUCGCAACCCCAAGCCAAUGGUAUCAAGACCAUGAGAUCUCACCUUCUGUCUGUCGUCCUUGCUUUCGUAAUUGCCGUCUCCCUUCAAUAA